AUGGCCACGGCCGAAGGCAUCUACGGGCUCCAGAAUCCGUUCCGGGACGACUCUGCUGUGCAGGCAUUCCGAUCCCUUCCAUCCAUUACGGCAAGACGGCGCAUCAAAGCUCACGAGACACUACUAAAGGCCUACAUAACCUACUACGAGAAGAAAUGGGAUGAGGACCCUCAAACGUCUACUUUCAUCCACGAUCGCUGCCAGUACUUCUCCUCGGAAGGAUCAUCUCUUGAAGAUAUCGCAAGAAGUGAGAUGACGACUUCGAUCGCAUUACUCAGCAACAUUAUGCCGGCAACUUUCUGGUUGGUAUACUACAUCGUUUCUGACUCUACUGUCUUCGCAGACUGCCGGGAGGAAGCCUCCCGGACGUUGAACACGGGCGGAGGUCUGGAUGGCGAAGUGGCCUCUUAUGCCACAAGGAGCAUCGACGCAGAUUCCACUAGGAGUCAAUGUCCGAUCCUGCUCUCCGCCUUCAAGGGGGUCUUCCACUACCACGCUGUCGGAAUCUCUUCCCGCGUGCUCCUCAAGGACCACCUGUUGGACGGGCAGUUUCUUCUGAAGAAGGACAAUAUCCUGCUGAUUCCCGGCGUGGUACAGCACCAGGAGCGGUCUGUCUGGGGCGAAGAUGUGGAUCAGUUCUCCCUCCCUGUCAGCCCUCAAUCUAGGCCAAACGUCACCAAGGACACACACAGCCACUCCUUUGCCGGCCACGUCGUCAUCCUUCUCUCGUGGCUACAACUCCUCGCAGGUAAUCAUCAAAUCGUCGUCGCAACACUCGGCGGAUGCCUGUUCGGGACAGCUCGCCCACUUGAUGCAGCAGAGACCCACCAGCCCUCGGAGCUCCAGCCGACGUCAACCUCGACCUCGAUCACAGCCUCGGACGCGAACACGGGCCCGACCUAA